UGGGGAAAAGAACACAACGGGCGAAACGGGCAAGCGUCAGCGCAAUUGUCACAAUGACUGUCAACUAGUGGAGCAAAAAUACGCCAUCGCGGUUGCCGAGAAUCUACGCCAAGCAACAUGGAUAUCGACGAGGAAGAAUUCGAGGCACCGACGUCCAGCAGCAGCCGAGGUGAGCGGAAGCGGUUCGAGGUCAAGAAGUGGAACGCGGUGGCCUUGUGGGCCUGGGACAUCGUGGUGGACAACUGUGCGAUCUGCCGAAAUCACAUCAUGGAUCUGUGCAUCGAGUGCCAGGCGAACCAAGCGUCCGCCACCAGCGAGGAAUGUACGGUGGCUUGGGGUGUGUGUAAUCAUGCGUUCCACUUCCACUGCAUUUCCCGAUGGCUGAAGACCAGGCAGGUCUGUCCGCUCGACAACAGAGAGUGGGAGUUCCAGAAGUACGGUCAUUAGAAGGACGCGGGGCGAGGCACAAACUUGUGAACUUAAACCGCCAACCCAAGCUACAGAACUACAUGGCAGCCAGAAGCAUGCGGAAGCGCUGACGCUGCCUCUCCUUGAACAAACACAUCCGGAUACGUUCUAGAGAAUCUGAGAAAAGCAACCGACGACUCGAUUGGCUGUACGCAAAACGUAAUAAAUUCAGCAGUUUUAUCGUAUGAGCUAAAUUA